AUAAUAAUGAUAAAUAUCAACUAGAUCUUAUAUAUAUUAAUAAAUAUUCUCUAAAUACAUUUAUAACAUUUUUCAAUUAAAUGAUUCUUAAUUAUUGUUAAUACUGUGGACAAGUAUUGUUGUACGGAGAGAUUAGUAUACAGUGACAAUCAUCAUCCAAACAAGUUACAUAAACUAAUGACACUUAAUUAAAAACAUCAUCUUCUUUGUUACAUGCUUUACACCCUCACUUUUUCUUCUUCUUCUUUGUUACAUAGAAUUCCAGCUGCAAAUAUUGGGUACCUAAAAGCAGAAAAAUUUUCUUCUAUGUGAAUAUUAUUAGCAAAAAAAGCCAAAUAGAAAUUUGAAAAAAAAUAAAUUUAAAAAUAAAUUGAGUAUUUGGUGGAAGUAAAGCAGCUGAAUUCUUGUUUCUGGGUUUCAAGAUUGAGAUAUAUGGCUACUGUUAAUGAAAUUGGAAGUUUUACCUACUUGGGGUUGAUUAAACGUGCGUAUUUUCCAAAACGACGUCGUUUUAUCGCCCCUCUAUCUUGGUUGAAAUUGCCUAGUGUCCAAUUACGCAUACAAAACCCUCAAAGGAGGAAUGGGUUUAGGUUGAAUAGUUCAGUUGAAUUGGACUCUUUUGUGACGAGUGAUAAUGAUGAGGAAAAGGGUGAUGAGAUGAGUGAAUGUUUCUUCGAGGCGAUAGAGGAAUUGGAAAGCAUGAGAAGGGAGCCAUCAGAUGUGUUAGGGGAAAUGAACGAGCGAUUAUCGGAUAGAGAAAUGCAGUUGGUGUUAGUGUAUUUCGCGCAAGAAGGGAGGGAUUCGUGGUGUGCCUUGGAGGUAUUUGAGUGGUUAAGGAAAGAGAAUAGAGUCGAUAAGGAAACGAUGGAGUUAAUGGUUUCGAUAAUGUGUGGAUGGGUUGAGAAGUUGAUUGGUGGGAAGAGCGAUGUUGGAGAUGUGGUGGAUUUGUUGGUUGAUAUGGAUUGUGUGGGGUUGAACCCGGGGUUUAGUAUGGUUGAGAAGGUUGUUUCGUUGUAUUGGGACGCGGGGGAGAGGGAUGGAGCCGUGGCGUUUGUGAAGGAGGUGUUGAGGAGGCAGAUUGGUGGUUAUUCCGAUGCGAAUGUAGAUGGGCAUAAGCCUGGUCCUGCUGGUUAUCUUGCCUGGAAGAUGAUGGAGGAGGGUAAUUACAAGGAUGCAGUCAAAUUAGUUAUUGACAUUCGAGAUUCUGGUUUGAAGCCCGAGUUAUACAGCUAUUUGAUUGCAAUGACAGCUGUGGUAAAAGAGCUGAAUGAAUUUGGAAAAGCUUUACGCAAAUUAAAAGGUUUUGCCAGAACUGGUCUCGUCGGUGAGCUUGAUUUAGAAAAUCUAAGGCUCGUAGAAGAAUAUCAAGCAGAUCUGUUAGCUGAGGGUGUACAGUUGUCCAAUUAUUUGAUUCGAGAGGGAGGCCCUUCUCUUUUUGGAGUGGUUCAUGAGAGGCUUCUUGCAAUGUAUGUCUGCGCUGGCCGUGGGAUAGAAGCGGAGAGACAUUUGUGGCAAAUGAAGUUGGCUGGCAAGGAAGUCAGCGGAGAUCUUCAUGACAUUGUCUUAGCAAUAUGUGCUUCCCAAAACGAGCUAGGCCCCAUCUCACGGUUGCUUACGGGAAUGGAAUCUUCAAGCUCAUUACAGAAAAAGAAAACAUUGUCAUGGCUGUUGAGAGGUUACAUUAAAGGCGGGCACUUAGAGAAUGCUGCGGAAACUGUAAUUAAGAUGCUCGACUUGGGUCUGUAUCCAGAUUUUCUCGACAGAGCAGCUCUGCUACAGAGACUACGAAGAAGAAUUCAACAACCUGGAAGUUUGGAAGCAUACCUUAACCUUUGCAAGCACCUUUCAGAUGCGAGUUUGAUUGGUCCGUGUCUUGUAUAUCUGUAUAUAAAGAAGUAUAGACUUUGGAUAAUAAGGACGCUUUGAGCAACUCGGGAGAAGCUGCCGCGUGUUCUGAAACUACAGUAGACGAAGCUCUAGUCUGUUGCAGGCUUUGAUGUGUAUAAUAUGUAUAGUUUUAGAUGAUUCGAGAAACAUACAGUGAACGAGAGAGCAAGAUGUUGGUUGCUGGUCUAAUAUUAAGCAUCUUGUUCUCAAGUAUAUUCAUGUACAUUUAAAACAGCCUCUUUACCUACCCCACUUGUGAGACUACAUGGGUAUGUUGUUGUAAUAAGUACUCCAUUACCCCCCACGUCGCGAGAACCAAUAAUAAACUAUGCUUCAGGUAUGUUGUCCUGAUGUAAUAUACUGUCCUUGUAUCUAUUAUUGGAGGUCAUUGGUGCUAUUGUUCUCCGAA